AUGGGUACUGGAACUCAAUUAAAUACAUCAACUGAAAAUAUCAUUACUCAACGAAAAUUUCGUUCAAUUAUUCAUUAUUUUAAAACAUUUUCACAUGUUCAAGAUUGUGAACAAUAUAUACGACAAAAAACAAAAGAUGAUCGAAUAUUUUUAAUUGUCAAUGGACGAUUUGGUCAAGAAAUAGUACCACGUAUUCAUCAAUUUCGACAAAUUUUUUCUAUUUAUGUUUAUUAUCAAGACAAGGAAAAAAAUGAAGAAUGGGCUAAAAAAUUUAUUAAGGUGAGUGGUGUAUUUAACAAAUUAGAGAUACUUAUUAAUCGAGUUCAAUCAGAUUAUAUAAAACGAAUUCAAUAUAAAGUUGAUGAUUCAUUUCCAUUAAAUAUAUGUAAAAAAAAUAAUUUAUCAAAUAAUUUAAUUCAUGAUGAAUUUUUUCAUUCACAAUUACUUGUUGAUUAUCUUGUUCAUAUGAAAACACUCUAUCAAAUGAUAUAA